GAACCUCCGCGGCCCUGUAGGUUUGGAAGGCUUAAAUCCAAGUUUGGAAAGGCGUUCUCCAUUCCAGAUGAUUUGCUGGCUUAAGCGCUUAAUUAGGAUGGCUUUUGAACAAGUUGGACUAAACAUGGAAUCAGUGCUUUGGUCAAGCAAGCCUUAUGGUUCAUCUCGAAGUAUUGUAAGAAAAAUUGGUACUAACCUCUCUCUUAUACAGUGUCCAAGAGUUCAGUUUCAGCUUACUUCUCAUGCCAUAGAAGGAAAUCAUCCUCAUCAACUUAGAGAAGAUGCAGUGGCUUCCUUUGCAGAUGUGGGGUGGGUUGCUCAAGAAGAAGGUGAAGUCUCUACAAGGCUCAGGUCAGAAGUUUGGUCAAAACCAGCCCAGCCUCUUUCAGGUGAUCUACAUCAUUCUGGAAAGUCCCCAUGCAGACAGAUGUCCUUACAAAACCCAUUGGAAGAAGAACCAGUGUCCAGGAACACAGCGAUCGCAAAUGAAGAAGCUCUGCAGAAGAUCAGUGCUCUAGAAAAUGAACUAGCUACUUUAAGAGCACAAAUAGCCAAAAUUGUAAUCUUGCAAGAACAACAGAACUUGACAGCAGGUAUUAAAUUUGCUGUACUCUUAGCAAAAACUCCACCACCACCACCUCCUCCUCCGCCACCACUCCCUCCCCCAGGUCUACCAGCGAGUAUGUCUGCAAUUGAGCUCAUUAAAGAAAGGAAAAACAAAAAAACGAACUCUGGACAGAAUCUGACAGAAAAUGGGCCAAAGAAGUCUGAAAUACCAAACAUGCUAGAAAUCCUCAAAGACAUGAACAGUGUGAAACUACGCUCAGUGAAAAGAUCAUCAGAAGGUACAAAAUCUAAAGCGGCUGACCCUACAGAUCCAGCAGCAUUAAUAGCAGAAGCACUCAAGAAGAAAUUUGCUUAUCGAUACCGAAGCGACAGCCAAAGUGAAACAGAAAAAGUGAUUCCAAAGACUGAAACAAAGACAAAGACUGAGGUAGUGCUGUUUGGACCGCACAUGCUGAAGUCUACAGGAAAAAUGAAGACUUUAAUUGAAAAAUCUUAACGUAUUAAGAUCACUACACGAAAGACUGUUGAGCUGUUUUGUUUGAAAUCUUCUAUGUUGCAAAUACCACUAGUACUGAGUGGUCUCUUAACAACACGGGGAAAAAACCUAAUGUGAAACGUAGAACUGAGGCACUAAACAUGUUUGUAUGUGAUUUAUCAAGGGGAAUAAAUUUUACCAUUAUACUCAGGUAUUAAUUUUGUAUUCAAACCUGGCUUUCUACUCAGACUUAUGUGGUGGUUUUAGUUUAUUAACACUAAGUUAUAUUUACAACAUUCUUUGUGCAUAACUGACCACCUUAAAAAUUUGUGUACCUGUUAAUAACGAUAGCGAUACACCCUUAAGUUAAUAUCAGUUAUCGGAGCUCUAACUGUAACUUGCACUACAAUGUUUAAUUUGAUACUGAA